AUGAAUCCUAUUGAGUUUGGAGAAAAAACACGUCAUGAUCAUUUUUUAAUGGAUCAAGAUGUUGCUUAUACUAAUCAUGGUAGUUAUGGACCAUGUCCUCGUUUUGUUUAUGAAGAAUUACAACGUAUUCGUCUUGAACAAGAACGAAAUCCUGAUCGUUGGUUUCGUAUAACAAAAUAUAAUUUAUAUGUUGAUUGUGUACGAGCAGCAGCAUAUCGACUCGAUUGUAAUUUUGAACAAAUUGCUCUUAUAGACAAUGCAACUGCUGGUAUUAAUGCUAUAUUAAAAUCUCCUUUACCAAUAUUUACAUCAACAACAGGUGGAACUAUUUUAUGUACAAAUUUAGCUUAUGGUUCAGUUCUUUUUACCAUUGAAGAAACUGCUAGAGAACGUAACAUGAAAAUACGAAAGAUUAAUAUUCAAUUACCGAUUGAAAGUAAACAAGCAUUUAUUCAACAAUUUAAAAAUGAAUUAAAUAAAGGUGAUAUUGAAAAUAUACGUCUUGCUGUUAUUGAUCAUAUUACAAGUACAACAGCACUUCUUUUUCCAGUCGAUGAACUUACUGAUCUAUUACAUGUGCAUGGUAUACCAGUAGUUAUUGAUGGAGCACAUGCACCAGGUCAAGUGAAUCCACAACUUUCAUUAAACCAGUUGAAAUGUGAUUUCUAUAUUGGUACAUUUCAUAAAUGGAUGUAUGCUGCAAGAGGUUGUUCAUUUCUUUUUAUUCGUGAUCCAAUUCUUGCUAGUCAAAUUCAACCAAGCAAUACAUCAUGGGGCUAUCGUCCAAUGUCAUUUCAACUUGAUAUAAUGACACAUUUUCAUCUACAAUUUUUUCAUCAAGGUACACGUGAUGAAUCUUCUUUAUUAACUAUACCAAAAGCAAUUGAAUUUGCUGAUUUAUUGGCUGGUGGAUUUGAUCGAAUUCAUCAAUAUAAUUCAACAUUAAGUCAACAGGCUAAAAAUUUCCUUGAACAACAUUGGAAUAUACAAGGAAAAGAUCUUUUUCCUAAUGAAAUGCAGGCACCAUAUUUAAAAAUGAUUUUAUUACCUGAUUUGGCAGAAUAUAAAAAGACUGAUGAUGAUGCUGUUCGUCUUAUAAAUGAUUUAAUUGAACACUAUAAAGUUGUUGCGAUUAUUUUAUGCAUUAAUAACGAACUUUAUGUUCGCAUUGCUACACAAAUUUAUAAUCGUAUUGAAGACUAUAUAGUUUUAGCUGAUAUAAUUGAUCGAAUUAGAAAAUAA